UGUUCAAAUUCCAGUGAAGCUGUUAAACCCCAAUGAAUCGCCGCCCUUCUUCUUUCCGUUCCCUCGCCGUUGCCGCCACUGCAGACGCCGCCCCCUUCGCCGCCGCUGCUGCCAUGUCUUCUCGACCCUAUUACAGAGGAUGGCGUCCUCAAGACAGGAGAGGCUACUCCGAUAGACCUUUGUACCCCGCCAGCGGAGGCCAAGCGGAAUCCGUGUCCGGAGAUUCCCAUUACGGUGCAGUUCGAGAUGCAAACCGAGGCUUCCGACCGAGUUACAAUGCUGUCCCUCCGCCACCUCAAUAUGGAACGGGUCAGCAAUUUUAUGGACCCGAAUCACAGUCUUACCGGCCGGGUCCGCCUGUCAUGCAGCAAUUUCAUGGGCCACGCCCGUAUAGGCAGCCAAGUCAGGUGGGACCGGCUUCUGGUAAUUAUCAGCAGUUUAGACCGCAGCAAAUGCAGCAGCAGUUUAGGCCAAGGGCCUCAAAGCCUCCGGAUUAUCGAGAUUGGGAGUAUCGGAAGCCGGGGCUUCCUCCUCAUUGUGAGCGGUUCACUGUUCUCUCAUAUAACAUACUAGCUGAGUACUUGGCCAUUGAUCACUUUCAGAAACUUUACUUUCAUAUUCCUCGCUAUAUGUUGGAUUGGAAUUGGCGCAAAAGAAAUAUAUGUUUUGAGCUCGGAUUAUGGUCAGCUGACAUUUUAUGUUUUCAGGAGGUUGAUAGAUUCCAAGAGAUGGAGGCAGAACUGAAGCCUCGUGGAUACAGUGGCAUUUGGAAGAUGCGAACUGGUGAUCCUGCUGAUGGCUGUGCUAUAUUCUGGCGUGUUUCAAGAUUCAAGUUGCUGCAUGAAGAAUCUAUUGAAUACAAUAAGCUUGGCCUUCGAGAUAAUGUUGCCCAGAUAUGUGUUUUUGAGACUCUGAAAAGGCCAAAUAAAAGUAAUGAGGCAUCAACUCCGUCUACAAGUUCAGCAAGUUCUGAUAGAGUUGUUAUUUGCAACAUUCAUGUGCUUUUCAAUCCUAAAAGGGGAGAUAUUAAGCUUGGACAGAUUAGAGUGCUUCUGGACAGGGCACAUGCUGUUUCUAAGCUUUGGGAUGAUGCUCCUGUAGUUAUUUGUGGAGACUUUAACUGCACCCCGAAGAGUUCGAUGUACAACUUUAUCACAGAACAAAAGCUAGAUCUGUCAACGCUGGCCCGAGAUAAGAUAUCUGGGCAAGUAUCUGCUAAAAUAGGUCGACCUGCUUAUCCUGAUUUCAGGAAACAAGCUGCUUACGAUUCUAUUCAACCUUCUGCAAUUAAUAGUGAAACAACAGAACAAGGAGAUUUGCCUUUCGAUGCCCCUUCUACGGAAAGCUUUCCCAAACCUGAAUGCUCACUCAUGGAUGAAACCUCUCGUUCUUACAUUGGUGAAGAACAUAGAACUAGGAUAAGUAAUGACUUGUCCAGCCACGAUACAGCAGAUACAUCUGAAAUCAAGUCUCCUAUUUGUCCAGCUACGAACACAGAUAAAAUUGCUUUAUUUGAGUCAUCGUCUGAAGAUACACCCUCCAAGGUAGCUGAAGUCGGUGAAUAUGUAGAAUCAGAUUUCCAAACCAAACAAUCGUUGCCUAAUUCUCUUGACGUUGCUUCUUCAAAACACGAGGCCCUUGAUUUAUAUCUUUCAGCUGCAAAUGAUAACCAUGAUAAGCUGUCCUGUGAAUCUGAACCUGCUUUGUGCGAAUCUACUACAAGUGCUGAUUUUACGUUGGAUGAAAAACUUGAGGUCUUGUCACUUAAUGAAGUAGCUGAUGGGGAUAUAGAUAAUCUAGGUGAAGAUCGUGACUCGUUUUUAUCGAAAUUACAUGAUACUAGUAAAAGUCCCGUUCCAGCUGGUUUAGAUUCUAGUUACCCCGAACAAACAUUGCAUCCUUAUGGUGAACAUGAUGUUGUCACUGAGGCGAGAAGUUCAUUUUACAGUCCAUCAGCUUGGACUCCAGCAGAAAUACAAACCGCAACAGGUAGUGCAGAUUGCAGGACCAUGGAACACCCGUUGAACCUGACAAGUGCAUAUCCAGAGAUCGUGAAUUCUCCGUGGUUAAGAGAUCCCAUUGGCGAACCGCUUGUCACCAGCCACCACAGACUUUUCUCCGGCACAGUUGAUUACAUAUGGCGAUCCGAAGGUCUACAAACGGUGAAGGUUCUCGCUCCAAUUCCCAAGCAUGUUAUGCAGCAAACUCCCGGAUUUCCCACAAAGAAAUGGGGAAGUGAUCACAUUGCACUGGUGUCUGAAUUUGCAUUCACCAAAGAUAUCUCACCUGAGAAUGCCAGCCAAUGAAAAACAGAAUCUUGCUAAUUACACAAUUGCCAUUUACAAGCCAGCUUUAAACACUCUGGUGCAGAAGAAGACAGCAUCAUAUGUACUGUUUCUUUUUACUUUAUUCUAAAAUAAAAAUUGACUUAAUCUUGAUAGUGAUAGAAAUUGUAAUCUUUAGUUAUGUUACUCAAUCAUAAAUUUAUAAUCACAUGAUUUUAUUUAUUAAUUAUUCAUUCCAAUAAAUCUCACUUGAUUUUUGCAAUGUUGAGUUCUUGUAAAGCUGUUUUGUUCAGGUCAGAGAAUUGAGGCAGUCAAUGUUGGCAGCCAAUCUCAUGUGAA